AUGCCGAUUCUUGGCGACUUUGCGAAAGCUACGUUGAAGGCGGCAGUUGUACAAGCGGAAAAUCGAAAUCGGUUAUUGGAGGAAGACUCCUGCUGGCGAGAACGCGAGAAAGAAAAAGAUCCGAAUCGCCCGAAAAAUCGCUUCAAAUUGGAAAAGGAAAGUCCAGAAAAGAGACGAAAGCGAAAACAAGUUCUGCCAGCAAAAGAGAUCGGCCCUGAUCUGCCACCCGACCGCUACCGGUUCUUCAAAGCUCCUCCGAAAAAGAACGAAGAAGAAAAAGCAUCGAGCGCCGAGAAACAAGGCACCAAAAAGUCCCGUAGUCGUUCAAGAUCUCCCCAUGCUCAUAACGAGGUAGUCAAAAACAAAAAAAAAGCAAUCAUGGACGAUCAAGAUUCGGACGUUUGCCGAGUAUGCCGAAUGGAAGGCACAGCCAAGCGCGCUCUCUUCCAUCCAUGCCACUGCUCAGGCUCGAUUCGCUUCGUUCAUCAAGAAUGUCUUGUCGAAUGGCUCCGUGUAUCCAAAAAGGAUUUCUGCGAGUUAUGCAAUCACAAGUUCGCGUUCAAGCCGAUUUACUCGGCCGACAUGCCCGCUAGAAUACCCAUCUCCGAGUUCAUUACCGGCCUGAUUCGUUCCCUCCUUCGUGCUAUCGGCUGUUGGCUUCAUUACACGGCCGUUGCUCUUGCCUGGCUUGGUUUCGUUCCGCUUCUAACUUGCCGUAUAUUCUACUGUUUAUUUUCUUCGUCUACUUCGUUCUACAAACUUGCAAUGGAGCCACUUUUUUCCACAGAGUACUUUAUGCGCGACAUUGUCACCGGUGGCUUUAUCGUUGGCUGCACCAUGGGCAUUUUUGUGUGUUUGCUCUAUCUUCGGGAGCAAUUCAUCCAAGGCGCAUUUCAAAACAUGCUGCAGAACAACGCAGAAGAAGCGGUUAAUAUUCAGCAGCAGAUGAUAAACGAUAUUCUCGCGGCUGAAGAUCACUGGAACCUUGAAGAAGAGAUCAUGGGUCCGAUUCACGAAGGAAUGCAGCGGCUCGAAGAACUUGCAGAGGAGCAAGCAGCGCUUGAAGACCGAAUUGAAAAUCCUCUGGAGGCCAUGCUUCAAGAAAAUCUUGAGCAAGAAAGAGCCGCUCGAGAAGAGCUUGUUCGUGCUCAAAGGGAGCUCGACGCUCUACAACGCCGGAUAGGCAACUUUCCAGCUCAAGAAGAUGAUGAAGUCAUCUUUAACGAGGCUGAAAAUGUUGAGCCAGCUGAACAAUGGAAUCUGGAAGAGCUGACUUGGGAGCGUAUGCUCGGCUUGGAUGGCUCCUUCGUCUUCUUGGAGCAUGUUUUUUGGGUUGUUUCGCUCAACACACUCUUCAUUUUCGUCUUCGCGUACACACCCUAUCAUGUCGGAAAAAGCAUUUACACCACAUUGCACAUUCUCUCGGUUGUUGAGUCUUCUCAGCUUGCUGGUGGCUUGUUUACACUCACAGGCUACGUUUUCUUCGCGUUUAUUUUCCUGAUGUUCCACCUCAUUUCCUCGAAGAUGAACAUGGAGAAGCUCAGUAACCUGGCGAAAAUCUGCUACAUGUGUAUCAAAGUAGGAAUUCUACUCGUUGUCUGUAUGAUUAUCAUGCCUAUCAUAUGUGGCUGGUGGAUCGACAUUUGUUCCCUUUCAAUGCUCAAUGCUACACUUUCGGAUCGACUCGUUUCUUAUCGAGCAUCUCCGGGAGCAUCGUUUGGAUUCCACUGGCUCUUUGGUGCGUUGUUUAUCUUCUACUUUGGGACUUUUCUGAUCUUCACGAAGGAAGUGCUUCGCCCUGGACUUCUCUGGUUCAUGCCAAACUUGAACGAGCCGGACUUCAGUCCGAUCAGGAGAUUGAUGAAUCAACGCCUCGUCCAUCAUCUACGCCGUUUCCUCGUUUACAUCGCUGUCUUUGGAUUGUCAAUUUUGUUCAUCAUCGCCGUUCCUGUUAAAUUCAUCAAAUGGGCAGUACCUGAUUUUCUCCCCUAUCGUGUUUUCGCGAUUUCGGACGAGCCACUAAAUCAUGUAUCUCUUGAGCUCGUCACUCUUCAAGUUUUCCUUCCUACCUUGCUCGAGCAAACUCAUAUCAAGUUUUUCUUGAAGUCUCUGAUUCGUCUUUGGGCUGAGCUUGUCGGCUGGGCUCUUGGCUUGAGAGGAUAUCUACUUGGAGAGCGGCUCGCGGAUAGUAAUGAAGGAGACCAAAGAAAUCAGCCUGGCUUCCUACGUGGCGCGGUUGAGAACGACGAAGACGGACAAAAUCAAGAGCAAGACGAGGAUAUUUUCUGGAACCCGGAACAUAUCAACGAUGACCGAAAUGAAAUCCGAACUCAUCAUCUUUUUCAAAAGCCAUCCCGCUUCCGCGGCCGAGUUGGCGUACUCUUGUUUGUCGUUGCUAUUUCAAUCUCGUCCUGUGCUGCUUCUGCAAUUUACUUUCCAGUGUUGAUGGGUAGGAAGAUUUUAGCGUACACUGUUGGCCACAAACGCAGGGUGCACGAAAUGUAUACGCUCUUUCUCGGACUGUUCGUUUGCUGGCUGCCUCUGCUUGGCAUCACGAUCGUCUCACGAUGGGCUCCGAAGGGAUGGAAGUUCAUGGCGAAGAACCUCGCUCGAUCUAUCAAAAUCGCCGUAAAAAUUUCAACAGCAUUCGUUCUCGUUGCUGGAGUAACUGCUCUCCUGAUGGGCCUUCUCUUCGACUACGCAAUAUUAACGCCUCUGCGAGUGCAACAGUACCAAACACCUAUAACCUAUGCACUGGUUGACUGGGCGUUCGGCGCUGUUCACGUCAAAAUCUGCAUUGCAUUUACUUUGCUGGGUCCGAAUUGGUGGCUUAGAGAUGCUCUCGAGACAAUUUAUAAUCGGGGCGCUAGAAACUUUCGCUUGCGCAACUUCUUGUGGACAGUUGUCUGGCCAGUGGCGUCUGGACUUAUUGUGCUUCUAUCUGUUCCGUUUAUAAUCAGCUAUUCAAUUCUACCGCUGAUGUCAUUCCAAGAAGACUUGCUCGUCCGCUUCCAGCGAAAAGUCUAUCCCAUGUUCUGUUUCGGAGUACUGGGAAUGUUCCUUCUUCACAUUCAAUACCAACAGCUCUGUCGACUGAUAGAAGGCAUCAAAAAUGCAAAGUACAUGGUUGGCCAGCGACUGGUGAACUUCGAGCCCGAGCGCAAAAAGGCAGCAAAUCAUUCUACCGCCAUUUCAGAUUAG